ACCUCGUGUGCUUCACGACAACGAUGCAGACCGUAUUGGCGGCUGCUGGGGUCGACUUCACUCAAUAUGUCAAUGUUUUUAUGGGUUCCACCGGGGGAGGGAAUCGAUUUCCAGGAGUCACGGCUUCGCCUUUUGCAAUGGCGAAGCUUGGACCUGAUGUUCAGUCAGGGUCCACAGACGCCUACUCUGGCUAUUUGGCCAGUGGCAACGUCUGGGGCUUCUCCAUGACCCAUGAGUCAGGCACAGGUGGUGCACCCAAAUACGGCGUCGUCUCGCAGAUGCCAGCUGUUGGUAAUGUAUCGAACCCGUUAGCAGACCUCUCGCAGGGACGAGCGUCCGCAGACGAAGGACAGAUCGGUUAUUACAAGACUGUGUUAAAUAACGGUGUCACGGUUGAGCUUUCGGCGACUAACCAUGCUGGUCUGUAUCAGUACACCUUUCCGAGCGGGAGCCCGUCCACAAUUGUGGUGGACGUCUCCCACGUGCUUCCGAGCUUUCGAGGCCUUGGCUGGGAACAGCAUUAUACAAGAGGAAAUUUCAGCUUUUCCUCUGACGGCCAUUAUGAGGGGUUUGGAACCUACAAUAAUGGCUGGAAUCUUUCCCCAGAUUGGACUUUGUACUUCUGUGGAAAGUUUGACCAGAAGCCAACAAUCUCAAAGACCUUUACAGGAACAGGAACUAUGUUGUCGUCAUAUGACGAAACGGCUGCGGUCUCCGGCACUGAACGCUUGGGGGGUGUCUUCACUUUCAGCAAGCCCAAUUUGACUUCUAGGGUCGGUAUUUCGUUCAUCUCUUCGGAAAAGGCAUGCCAAAAUCUCGACAGUGAGAUACAAUCGAAGACCAAGUUGAAGUCUCUCGUGACCAAGGCAAAGAGCGCUUGGAACAGCCAGAUCCUGUCCAAAAUCCAAGUUGAAGGCGGGAGCGACGAAGACAGACAGCUUCUGUACAGCUCGUUGCUUGGCAUGUUCAUGAUUCCUUCGAACAAGACGGGAGAAAAUCCUGGAUGGACAAGCAGCGAGCCGUACUACGACGACAUUUUUACAUUCUGGGAUACUCAUAGAUGCCACACUGCGCUGUUUCAUAUUCUAGAACCUGCAGCUUACGAGGAGUUCAUUCGGUCGUUGAUCGAUAUCUGGCGACACGAUGGUUUCAUGCCUGAUGCCCGCUCGUCCAACUUCAACGGGCGCGUCCAAGGCGGAUCCAACGCCGAUAAUGUCCUUGCGGAUGCGUACGUCAAAGGUGUCAGAGGUGCAGUCAACUGGGAUGAUGGAUUUUCUGCCAUGCAGACCGAUGCGGAGAAAACGCCACCAAACAACCACGACCCAAAGUCUCCCGAAUCAUCUACCAAGGAAGGUAGAGGCGCAUUACCUGAUUGGUUGAAAUAUGGGUACAUUACGCCUUCAUUCAACAGAGCCGUCUCUCGCGCAGUCGAAUAUUCGACGAACGACUUCGGACUUUACCAGGUAGCCAAAGGCUUGGGGCGAGUUGAUGAUGAGGCAAAGUACCUCAGCAGGUCCCGUAACUGGCGGAAUCACUGGAAUCCAGCUGUUUCAUCGACGAACCAUUCCGGAUUCAUGGUGCCCCGUCGUGCAGACGGUACCUUUGUUUCACAAGACCCUCUCUCCUGCGGUGGCUGCUACUGGGGCGACGCCUACUACGAAGACAACGCUUGGGUGUACAGCCUGAACGCCAUCCACGAUGUGUACACGAUGAAGAAGUACAUCGGUGGCGACGCGAAGUUUAUUGACCGUAUCGACAAGCUUUGGGAGCUGAACAUCUUCCAUGCAGGCAACGAGCCGAGCUUCACGACACCAUACCUGUACAACUUCGUUCAAGGCGCUCAGUGGAGGACUGUAGAGAGAAGCCGUGGGAUUGGAAAGCUCUACAACUCGGGUUCGACUGGGCUGCCUGGCAACUCGGACGCAGGCGCGAUGGAGGCCAACAUCCUCUGGCAGAUGAUCGGUCUGUACCCCAUGACAGGCCAGACCACGUUUCUCAUUCUUUCUCCGUGGUUUCCUUCGCUUUCGAUCAGCCUAGGAAACGGAAAGUUGCUCAAGAUUACAACAACAGGCGGAAACAAAGACACGGCAUUCUACGUGCAGAGCCUCAGGGUGAAUGGAGAGCCGUGGAACAAAGCGUGGGUAAGCUGGGACGACGUGUUUGCAAAUGGAGGUACGAUGGACUUCGUUCUGGGGUCCAGCCGAGUGGACUGGGCGACCGGUGAGCUGCCGCCUAGUCCUGCGUCGGCUGAUACAGAUGGGUAUACACCAAGAGCAGGGCAUUGGGGCGGGUCACUCUGAUGUUGCUGUUGCUGGGCGCUUGUCUAGUCCCGCCGAGCGCCUUGUACUUGCGCGCGUUUAUCCACGCAAGAUCGAGCAUCAAGCUGUUAUGAU